GAGCCCCCCCAGAUGAGCCAGGCAGCCAAGGGCGAGCCCCCCGGGGCCGGCAUGGCACAGGAGGGGCCGCCCGCCUUCUACCCCGGCCAGGAGCUGGACCUGUCCACCAAGGUGUACAAGAGGGAGUCAGGGAGCCCCUUCUCGGUGCUGGUGGACAGCAAAGUGAGCAAAGGCCACCUCCACGAGAGGGAGGAGCAGCCGUUUUUCAGGGAGAGCAGAGCGGUAGGAGAGGUCCGGGCUGUGAAAGAAGACAGGGAAAACUCUGACGACUCUGAGGAGGAGGAAGAGGAGGAAGAUGAAGUGACUUACAAAAGGGAGCAGAUUAUAGUGGAGGUAAACCUUAACAACCAAACCUUAAAUGUGUCCAAAGGGGAGAAGGGUGUCCCCUCCCAGUCCAAAGAGACUGCUGUCCUUAAGAGCAGCAGUGAGGAAGAGGAGGGUGACAGUGGGGAAGAGGCCACGGAAGACAGUAACGAUUACGAGGAGAACGAGAGGCAGAAGAAGAAGGAGAAAAGAGUGGAGAAGGUUAGUGUUGGCCAGAGGAGGAGCAGGAGAGCGGCCUCCGCCGCCGCCGCCGCCGCCUCGCCGGCGCCCCGAGCCACGCGGGGCCGCAGGAAGAGCGCGGAGCCCCCCAAGAGGAAGAAGAAAGCUGCAAAGGAGCCCAAGGCGCCUGUGCAGAAAGCCAAGUGCGAGGAGAAGGAGACUCUGACCUGUGAGAAGUGCCCCAGGGUGUUUAACACACGCUGGUAUCUGGAGAAGCACAUGAACGUCACCCACAGGCGGAUGCAGAUCUGCGACAAAUGUGGGAAGAAAUUUGUGCUAGAGAGCGAGCUGUCCCUCCACCAGCAAACUGACUGUGAAAAAAACAUCCAGGUAGGUGUGCUCGCCUGCUGGCCAGGCCCCCACGCCUGGAGCCGGCUGCUGGACGCUUCACAGGGGGAAAAAAUCUCAUUUUGCGCGGCCCCGGGUGCUGAGCCGGGCCCGGGCUCUAGAACGGAGGAGGAGGAGCCGAUCCUGGAGCUGAUCCUGGAGCUGAUCCUGGAGCUGAUCCCGGAGCCGAUCCUGGAGCCGAUCCUGGAGCUGAUCCUGGAGCUGAUCCCAGAGCUGAUCCCAGAGCUGAUCCCAGAGCUGAUCCCAGAGCUGAUCCCGGAGUCGCACACCAAGGACAUGCCCUUCACCUGCGAGACCUGCGGCAAGUCCUUCAAGCGCAGCAUGUCCCUCAAGGUGCACUCCCUGCAGCACUCCGGGGAAAAGCCCUUCCGCUGCGAGGUGAGACCGGGAAUGCCGGGAAUUCCACCCGGGAAAUCCGGGAAUUCCGCCCGGGAAAUCCGGGGAACAUGGGCGGCUCCAUCAGAGACCAGGAAUUCUCUGUGUCACGCGCAGCACCCGCAGCACCCGCAGCACCUGCCCGUGCCCCCCGUGCCGCACCUGCCGCCGCCCCCCGCCCUCUUCAAGAGCGAGCCCCUCAACCACCGCGGCCACGGCGGCGACGGCUUCCUGCGGCACCUGGACAAGGGCGGCGCGGCACAGCCACACUGAGACAGCCGCGGGAACCGGGACGGGAACCGGGACGGGAAACGGGAUGGGAACCGGGAUGGGAGCUGUGCCGGGAGCUGUGCCGGGAUCUGCACCGGGAGCUGUGCCGGGAUCUGUGCCGGGAUCUGCACCGGGAUCUGCACCGGGAGCUGUGCCGGGAUCUGCACCGGGAUCUCUGCCAGGAGCUGCUCCGGGAGCUGAGCC